CACGCCCACCCUCUCUCCUCUUUUUUAUAGCACCGCAAAAGCUAUUCUCUCUCUCUCUAUCAGACCACCAAUUGCGUUUUCUCUCUCUAGAAUAUCUUCUCUCUCUUCAAUGGCGUCCACGCGCGAGGGCCACUACAGGGGUGUGAGGAAGCGUCCGUGGGGCCGUUACGCGGCGGAGAUACGCGAUCCGUGGAAGAAGACGCGUGUUUGGUUAGGCACCUUCGACACCCCUGAGGAGGCGGCGUUAGCUUACGACGGCGCCGCCAGGUCCCUCCGCGGAGCCAAGGCCAAGACAAACUUUCCGGCGGCGCCGUCGGGACUCUCUCUGGAUCUCAACCUCCCCUCCGAUCACCGCUGGAUUGCGCCGUCCGGCAGAGUCAUGAUCCACGACUUCCUCCACACCGGAGUCCUCAAGGAUGUGAGCUCCCAGGGCAAUGACGCCCAGGCGGCGGCGACAAUCGGGCCAACGGCGGCGGAAAUCAACCCGCCGGCGAUGUUUUUUGGGAUUGUUAGGCGUGGGCUGCCCAUAGACUUGAACGAGCCUCCACCUGUAUGGAUGUAGACCCAUUUUUGUCAUUUCACUCUCAUCUGGGUGUGGUAACCCUAGGUUACGGCGCAUUUUAGCAUUUCCUUAAAAAAAAAUAUAUAUUCUCAUCGUCUGUACAUAUUUGUAUUCCGAGGUUUUAAUUAUCUAUGAUCACGAGACCCAUCCUUUUAUUUCAAUCAAUGGCGUAAAUUCA